AUGGUUUAUGCUCUGCUUUUCUUUUGUUUGUUUGUUUUGUUUUGCUUCUAUGUCUGCUUGAUCUUGAUAUCAUCCUUUUUCUUGUCAGACUCUUCUCCUCUUUUUACAUCUUGCAAAUUGAGAAGACAGUUUCACCUCAAUGAAAUGCACUGGCCUGGUGAUGUGAUUCUAGGAGGACUGUUUGAAGUCCAUUACACCUCUUUCUUCCCUGAGCUCACAUUUACCUCAAAACCACAUAAGCUCAGCUGUCAGGGCUUUGACCCUCCAGGAUUUAGGCAUGCUAUGACUAUGGCUUUUGCUAUUGAUGAGAUCAACAAAAACCCCAACCUGCUUCCUAAUGUGACUCUGGGAUACAGCCUUUAUGACAACUGUGCUACACUUGUAAUUGGAUUCAGUGCUGCGUUAUCUCUGGCCACUGGUCGAGAGGAACAAUUUUUGCUACAAGACAACUGUUUUGGUAGCCCCCCAGUGCUGGGGAUUGUGGGUGAUCCCUUCUCAACAUUUUCUAUUGCCACCUCUGAUGUUAUAGGUUUAUUCAGAUUGCCUCUUGUGAGUUACUUUGCUACAUGUUCCUGCCUAAGUGAUCGCCAAAGGUUUCCAUCUUUCUUUAGAACUAUUCCAAGUGAUUCUUUCCAGGUGCAUGCCAUGAUUCAGAUUUUAAAACGCUUUGGCUGGACGUGGGCUGGUCUGCUGGUCAGUGAUGAUGACUAUGGACUCCAUGUUGCCCAGUCAUUUCAAACAGAGUUGGUUCAGUCUGGUGGGGGAUGUCUGGCUUACUCAGAGAUUUUACCCUGGGGUGAAAACCAAGCUGAAUUCAGAAGGAUUGUGGAAGUGAUGAAGAAGUCCACAGCUCGUGUGGUAAUCGUCUUUGCACAUCAGAUACACAUGAUUCAGUUAAUGGAAGAGGUAAGGCAGUUUUGGGAACAUACUUUUAAGUGCAGAUUUGCUCCACCUCCAGCUGGUUGGGUGGAAGCUGGUGGAGCUCUGUGCACUGGAGAAGAAGAUCUUGAGACUGUGGAAACUGAGUUUUUGGAUGUCUCAAACCUCAGGCCUGAGUACAAUAUUUACAAGGCUGUGUAUGCACUGGCAUAUGCCCUUAAUGACAUGCUGCAGUGUGAGCCAGGGAGAGGGCCUUUUGAUAGGUACAGCUGGGCUUCUUUACAACGACUGGAGCCCUGGCAGCUCAUGUAUUACUUGGAAAAGGUCAACUUUACAACAUCAUUUGGAGAUCAAGUGUCAUUUGACAAGAAUGGCGAUGCUUUACCUAUAUAUGACUUCAUGAACUGGCUGUGGCUCCCUGAUGGAGGAACUAAAGUUCAGAAUGUGGGGGUUGUUAAAAAGACAACAUUCAGCGGAGAAGAACUCACACUUGAUGAAAACAAAAUUUUCUGGAACUUUGACUCCAAUCACCUGCCUCGAUCAGUGUGCAGUGAGAGCUGUCCUCCAGGUACCCGCAUGGCCAGAAAAAAAGGACAGCCUAAGUGCUGUUUUGACUGUGUCCCAUGUUCUGAAGGAAAGUUCAGUAACACAACAGAUUCUGUGGAGUGCAUCAGUUGUCCAGAGGAUUUCUGGUCCAGCACUCAGCAUGACCACUGCAUUCCUAAAAUAACAGAGUUCCUGUCCUAUCAUGAACCUCUGGGUAUCUGCUUGACAACUGCUUCAUUGCUGGGAACAUUUAUUUGUACUGUUAUUUUAGGGAUCUUCACCUGCCACCGCAGCACACCUGUGGUACGAGCCAAUAACUCAGAACUGAGCUUCCUGCUUUUAGUGUCACUCAAACUGUGUUUCCUGUGUUCACUGCUUUUCAUUGGACGACCCAGACUGUGGACGUGCCAACUGAGACAUGCAGCAUUUGGGAUCAGCUUUGUGCUUUGUGUGUCAUGCAUCCUGGUUAAAACCAUGGUGGUGUUGGCUGUAUUCAAAUCCUCCAAGUCGGGAGGUGGAGCCAAUCUCAAGUGGUUUGGUGCGAUGCAGCAGAGAGGAACAGUUUUUGUUCUUACUUGUGUUCAAGCAGCAAUCUGCACUGUAUGGAUUGCCACAGCCUCGCCAGUCCCCCAUAAAAACACACAAUACCACAAUGACAAGAUAAUUUAUGAGUGUGUUGUUGGGUCUACAAUAGGUUUUGCAUUGUUACUGGGCUAUAUUGGCUUACUUGCUGUCAUCAGUUUCCUGCUUGCAUUUCUGGCAAGGAAUCUGCCAGACAGUUUUAAUGAGGCUAAACUCAUCACAUUCAGCAUGCUGAUAUUCUGUGCUGUGUGGGUGGCCUUUGUUCCUGCUUAUAUUAACUCUCCAGGCAAAUAUGCAGAUGCAGUGGAGAUAUUUGCCAUACUGUUCUCCAGUUUUGGUCUCUUGGUAGCGCUGUUUGUUUCUUAG